CGUAACGCUAUUCCGCUCUGGUCAACUCCUCACGUGAACCGCGCGAACUACUUCAGCAUUAAUUAUUUUCUCCUGCAGUUUAUCUACUGCUAUUUCAUCUAACCUGGCCAUCAUGACUUUUUUAUGAAUACAGACGGCAGCACAUAUCUCGCGUAUAAACAUAUUUUUUUUAAUGCGUUUGUAGUUCCCGGCGAUUUCAGUUUCGAAUUUACUAUGGCGGCGAAGAGCAGUGACUCGUUGAACGGUGUGUGCCUGCCUGAAAACGAACCGACCGUUCUCCUGACAGGGUUCGGGCUGUUCCGUGACUACGGCCACAAUUCGAGUAAUGAAGUGGUCAAAGCCCUCGCCGAGACUGGCAUUCCUGGAACGAGACUCGUGACGAAAGAAGUCCCAGUAGAGUACGAUACUGUUUCAAGCGUGGUGCCUCAGUUGUGGAAGGAUAUCAAGCCUGAUCUUGUGGUCCACUGUGGAAUGAAUGCCACUGCCCGGAACUUGGUUGUGGAAAACCAAGCUUACAAUGGCAGUUAUUGUGCUGCUGACAACAAGGGUGCCACACCUAAACAGGGCCUAUGCUGUAGGGUGUCUCCACAAAACGAACGACUCCGCACCUGCUUUGACCUCGUUGCCCUGACCAAGAAGCUUAAGACAGCCGGCUGCCCUGUUCCCGUUGAGAUUUCAAAUGAUGCUGGCAGGUUCCUGUGUGAGUUCAUCUACUUCACCUCACUAAGGAUCAGUCCUUGGACCGUAUUCAUCCAUGUGCCACCUGUAGAUCAGCCCCACAGUGUUCAACAGCUUGCCUGCACGGUCAGCACUAUUGUAUUGGAGCUCCUUGAGCAAAAGAAGAGUAUGGGCAAGUUGUCUGCUGCUAAAGCUAAGCUUGACCAGAGUAAAAGUAAGAAGAAGCCGGCUGUUGCAACAAGGAGCAGCAGUGAAAGCAGCUGAUGUCCAUCAUUAUAUGUAUUCGAGCUUUGUAAGAUCACAGUUAACCAUGUGGGCAUGUCUCUACAAAGUAGUAAUGCUAUGAGCCUGGAACCACAUUGAUUCAUUGAAUGAGCUCACGUUAAAGAAAACGUGCCUUGUAGCAGCUUUAGCGGCUCGUUCCGAGAUAUUUUGUUUUUUCUGGCAUUUGAAGACUUCACAGAAUGUAAAAGGCAUUGCUGUACAACUUUUCUAAGCUCCGUAAGGUACAAAACCUACUGUUGGAAUCAUUAUUCUUUUAUUUGCCAUUGACCAAGCUUAGUUUUGGCUUGAAUUUUAUGUGCUGUGUAAGUUAAGGUAUUAUUAAUGAGUUAAUUGUGCUGGGGGUGAACUUGUUUACCUUUAGUGCAAUCUCUACUUGAAAAUACAUGGCACGUGGCACUCCAAGGCUGGAUCACAGUUUGCUUCCUGCGACUACUUCUAUUAGCUACUGAGUUUUUUAAGUGUUUAACCAGUCACCAUCGACCGGACCUUGUGGCAUUACUAUUUGAAGUUUCAAAUAGUUCGUGUUUUCCAAGUCCGUGGCUAUCACUGCUAUAUGGUGCUAAACAGCCUUUUUCCUGUAUCCGUGCUUCAAAAUGUUGUUGCACACAGUUCAACAUGUGCUCAUUUGAUGCUGGUCAAAUUUCUCAAGUCAGUGUCAUGAAAAGUUUCCGAUUGUAUUGUGAAGGGACUGUUCCUCCAGUAUAAGCUUUUACUGCUUUGUUAGGUCAGGGCAUGAGACAAGCUCAAAGAGCCAGCCAGUAUCUCGCAAUGCAGUGAUUACUGAGUUACAGCUUCUGACAUUGUUUUAUACAAAAAAUAAAAACUGAUAAAGUGUGUUCUAGGCUUGCAUGAAUGUUGGGCUAUGAUGUCAUGUUGUGUGCGAUUUUCAGUACACUAGACAUACAUAAAUGUUGAAUUUGAAUGUAUGGUUCAUUUUAUGUACACUUGGGUAAUCUGAUCUCAUCUAUAUCGCUAGUAUUGCAAACUUGAUGGGCUCUCUCCCCAUUUCUCUCUCUCACUCUCUCUCUCUGCCUUCAGCACUCACUAGACUGUGUUUUUUGUGAACAUGUAAUCUUUAGUACGGGCAUAUGUUAUAAACUUUAAUUACAGGGAACCUGCUCACUUUGCUUAUACUUUACUUUUGUAACUCUGUUAUGCUUUAGAUACUGCACUCUGAAAUUAUUAUGUACAAUGGGGGGCCCUACUCUUUUAUUUCUUCAGCUUUGACUGGAAUGAGCUGUGUUAGAAUAUUUUACUAGAACGCUGGUUUUAUUGUACCUUAUUCUCACAACAUUUGUAUUCCUAUGAUUUGGCUUUUAAUUAACAGCAAGCUCAAAGGUGUUCUGUUAGUAGUACAUUUUGUUGCUGAUGCCCAUGUUUGACUUUUUCACCACCAUAGGCCACUAAUACCCCUGUCACACUGGGCGUUUUAAUGGCAUUCAGUGCAACGAAUGUCAUUAGCCCGUGGAGGUGCUACACUCAAAAAAUUGUCAUUCGGUGGCGAUAUCAAUGGUGAUCACCCCGAAAAAUGUGGAGACUAAAGUAGAACAAGGUAGAUAUAAAGUGCUUGCAUAAAUGCACAUAAAGUGCUUGCUGAUGCCUGAUUAACCAAAACGUACAACCAGGCGCCCUAGUGUUUACAAUAUGGCUAACGAGCAGAGUGGCGGUGCCAUGGGUGGCGGCCAGGCGCUGCUGAGCUGGAGAGUAACAAAAUUUUGCAACAGCCUGCCAUACAGAUUUUGUUUCUUUAAAGUAACAAGUCCAUUAAAACACGGAAAAGUUAUUAUUUCCUUAAGAGUACGGCUUUCAAUUUACAAACGCUUUGUCCUGUUUUGCUUUGUUUCUGGGCUUGAGAGUACACGUUCGCUUGGAGUGCGAAGCCGAAUGAGUCCCUCGAACUCAUUCAAUUGUGCAAGUCAUCUGGUGCUAAUGGCAUUAAAUAUUACUGUGUAGCAGCCGAAUAAUGUCAUUCGAUGCUAAUUCCAUUUGAUUCGAAUGACAUUAAAAUGCCCAGUGUGAGAGGGUAUAAGGUGCAUUGCCAGCACAUUUAAGUGCUUGUCGUGCAGUACACUGUAGCUGAGCUUACAGCUGUCAAUGGAUGCAUCGAAGAGAUGUUACUGACAGUGUAUGGUAGCAGUGUAUGGUGGGGCAGAUAACAAAUUUUGUGAAGGAGAGUGCAAACUGUUUAGGAAAAAGGUAUUGGAUAUUUCCUGUGUGUGUGCAUUGGCGAGGGUCUCUAAAGUUCUAUUAUGCCAACAACUUCUCGAAGCAUUUUCGUUCAAAGUGUGCCAUUAUGCUCUUUGGCAGGGUCACAGGAGUUUGUGCACCUUGUGAUGUGACCUCUUGAGCUACCAAAGCAUCUCUGUGUGUUUAACCUAGUCUGUUACUAACGAAGCAGCGUUUGAAGCUGAAUAUCAUGUGCCACACGCACUUGUUUUAUUCUUUUGGACAUCUUUUUAUCACUUGAGCGUGUAUCUAAAGGGUUUUACUGUGUAGACAUGUUCUAGAAAGUGAAGCUUUUUUUCUAUGCAUUCCUUUCAUGGGGCAAAAUGAAAUAAAAGGCUCUCAUGUGAAUACUGCAA